UUUGGACCAGUAGCGCGUCAGUCAAAAAAUAACGCAACAAAUAGGCGUGUUUCGUUACUUUCUUAUGUGUUUGUUGCAGACGUUUCUUGCUUGAAUUAAUAAUGAAGUAUCUGUGAAUUGUGUGUGAAAUUGAAAAAAGAAAAAUGAGUAAAAAUAAAGUUCGCCAACAUUCUAGUCGUCGUAAACGGUACAAAGAAGUGGUUCAUUCACGUGUGAACAGUAAAACUCCUGUUCAAUAUACUCGUCGAUUAAAAACAAAAAAGCAUAAAAAAUUAAAAAAUAUUGGCGCAAAUAAUUCAAAUUUAGAAAUAUACAAUCGUCCACCUAAAUUUAAUGAUGAAAAUUAUGUUCCAGCUAGUUUUAAACAAAUGUUACUUAUGAAAGAUGGUAAAUGGAAAACUCUAUUUGAUCCAGCUGUUGGAGAUACUAAAGGUAUGAAGAAAAAAGAUGAUCCAGUUCCUGUCUUGAAACAAGGUAAACAUGAAUCAGAUGCUCAUUAUUUGGGACGACUUCAUAAAGAAGUUGAAGAUGAAUUAAACAAGGUGGAAUUCUCCAAGAAACAACGAACUGAACUUAUUCCUGUUACAGAAGUUAAACAAAGUAAAAAGAAACGUAAAGCUAUAAAACGUUUAAAUGAGAAACGUAAAGAAAAACGUUUACGUACUAUUGAAAAACGUUUAACAGGGUUUGAACACUUACAAGAUAAAGUGAAAUUCAAUGAAGUUGUUAUGGCACCUCCAUUACAAUUGACUAAACCUAAAAUGGUAUUUAAGAAAAAAUUGGAUCAAAUACAUAGUUUAGACAAAUUGUUAACAACGUGAAUUACAAUCCUAUCCUUUGUACAUCUAUGCUGAUUUCGAUUAAUUAUAUAAAGAGAAUUGUUGAUACAUACUGAACCGAGAUUUCAUUGUUCUAGAUUAUGCUUUAACUAGUGUAGUAGUGUUCAUUUGUUGAGGGUUAAAGAUAAAACAAUAAUUACAAUGUCUUAUUAAAGAUGAUAACUUGAAUAUAAAUAAUGAUAAAUUGUAUGCAAGGAUGGAUAGUGGCU